GUUUUUUAAAAAAGGGUGUCAAGUAAAAAGUGUACAAAUAAACAUUAAUUUGAAGCAUUAGAAAAACCCAAAGGAAUGGUCCUUUUGGCCAUUCCACGCCUUGAUAUGCUAAAAAUAUCUACUCUGCAAGAGUUUACUCAUUUUGAACUUCCCAACUCCAUUUUCCUCCUUCACUCAUUUGAACAGUCAUCAAACAUGGCAGUAGUGGUCGGUAACAUAGCACUAUUACUCGACGCAACUCACUUGACCACCACUCCACGUUCCAUCAUCUUACCAGAUCGCAAAACAAGAGAUGUUCUUUCAAACUUCUUCGUAAAGAAAGAGCCAUGUCACAAUCAUCAAAGCAUGUACGCUUCUUCAACUGGGUUCGAUAAUGAAAGAGAAAGAGUACUAAAACCGAAAGUGGGAUUUAGAGGAAAAGCGAAAAAAGUGGGUGAAGUUGAUUAUGAGAAUUCAAGUGACGAUGAGAAUGGAAAUGGUGUUGAAGAUGAGGGAGAAGGUGGAGGAGGACAGGAGUUUGAUUGGGAGAAAGAGAUGAAGAGGAGAGUGAAGGAGUUAGAGGAGAUGAAGGAAUUGGAGCAGAAAGCCGAGGAAUUGCAGAAUCGUGUUGAUGAGGAAUAUGGUGAACAAGGUGGAGGAAGUGAAGAGACUGAGGAGGAGAAGCGUGAAAGAGUUCGAAGGGAGCUCGAAAAGGUGGCAAAGGAGCAAUCAGAACGCAGAAAAACUGCUCAGAUAAUGUUCAAUUUGGGCCAGAAGGCUUAUGAGAGGGGCAUGUAUGGACGUGCAAUAGAGUUCCUUGAAGGUGCUCUCACUAUCAUUCCUAGACCAACCUUGUUUGGUGGAGAGAUACAAAUAUGGCUUGCUAUGGCUUAUGAAGCUAAUAACCGCCACUCAGACUGCAUUGAUUUGUAUAAGCAACUAGAAAGGAAACAUCCCAGUGUCAGCAUCCGACGUCAAGCUGCAGAGCUUCGUUAUAUAUUGCAAGCGCCUAAGUUGAAGAUAUCGCAAGAAGAAAUGGUUACAAUACCACUUAUUGGUUCUAGCUAUGAUAGUUAUGCUGGAUCAUGGACUGACAAAAACAAGGACAAAGAUGAAAGACAAAGUCGGUCUACAACGAAUCAGCUUCCGUCCAGCAGGGACUGGAUAAGGGACUUUCUGGUCUGGAAGCCGCCAGUUGGUUUGGAGAAAAGUCAAUCAUUCUGGGCAAUUUUAACAAUAUGGAUAACCUUGGUUGGAGCUGCACUCUUUUUGCAAAAAUGAAGCAUAUACAUGUAAAGAUGUUUGUUGUUUAGCUUUCUAUUCUUUAUUGAUAUAGGCUGAUGUGUAUUACCAUUCUAAAUUCCUCUGGUAUAUUAUUACCGUGCUAAAACAUGAUUGACUAAUAUCAUAUUGCUGUGUCCUGCACUUUGCA